CUCUCCCUCGAGCUCGUGCCAGCCCGCGUCUCUCUGCCCGCGCGACGCCGGCUCCGCACGCCGCACACCCUGCACUCCACGCAGCCAGCGCAUCUCUCUCUCACUCAUUGCUCUGGCCCCCCUAAUCGUCCCUCUCCUCUCUCCUCACGGCCUCGCGUCGCAUGCCCCGCCUCCUCUUCUCCACCUCCAAUCCCCACACUACCGCACUCCAGCAGCGCAGCAGCACCACUCCGCCGCACGCCACUCGCGACGUCUUGGCCGCCUUCUCCGCGCCUCUCGCGCUCUCGCCCUCGCCUUCGCCGCCCCUCGCCCUCGCGCCCUCCACCUCUGCCGCCAGCAGCAGCAGCAGCAGCAGCGCGGCAUACACGGCCACGCCUCGCCAGCGCCGCAUCCUGGCGCCCGAGUCGUCGCCUCGUCCGUCGCGCGCGCAGCUGCGGCGUGCCUACAGUGGCCGCGCACCCGGCCACGAGCUGCUGCCCGACUCUUCGCCCGUGCAGCAGCAGCAAGGCAAGAGUGCCUGCCUCGACGACAGCGGCCGCGCUGCCUCAUCUGCCGUCGCAAGCGCCAGCUCGCGCCUCACGUGUGCGCUCGCGCAACAGCAGCCGCCGGAGCCACUGGCAGCGAUGCCCGGCUAUGCAAACGGCCUCGGCAAGGCGCCGGGACGCACAAAGUUCACGUCUGCGUCGCCGGAGAAGGAGCUCGCGCCGCCUCCGACUUGCCAUUCCUCCUCCGAUCCACUCUCUGCGCCCUUCUCCGCGGCCGCCAUCAACUCUCGCAGUGCCUCGCAGCUGCCCAGCAGCAGUGCCGCCUCGGGUACUUCCGGCAGCAGCAGCAGCAGCUCCAGGAUCGACCUCUCUGCGUACCGCUACAAUGAUGCGCGCAGCGGCAGCGCCUCGGGCACCAAGCGUCCGGCGCCGCUGCCGCGAGCGGAGCAGUUGAGGGAAAAGGCAGAGAUGAGCGACUCGAGUGUCGAGCUGGUCGAUGUCAAAGCUGCGCCGCCAAAGCCCAAGAAGCGCCGCUUUGUCAUGGGUGGAGGCAAGGCUCGGAGAGGAGCAUCAGACUCAGACUCGGACGAUCCGAUCGCCUCGCCGCAUCCUGAGGCGCUGGCUUCGCCGGCCGCAGCCUCCGCCGUAGAUCCAGAGGUGCGUAAGAAAGCCCAACGGCUCGUCAAUGUCCUCGGGCGCUCCAGAGGCGAGUUCGACGCAGACGCAGUGGCCAAGUUGAUGCAGACGGCCAAGCUGGACGUGGGCGAGACGCUGGAACUGCUCAAGCGCGACGGACAAAAGGCCGUGUGGCCGUACAUGCCGAAGGAGAAGACACGCUCAAGUGCAAGCGGCACGGCAGAGUCGCAGUCGUCCCUCGAGGCUUCGGGAAGCACAAAGGCGAGCAGUACAGCGUCUGUGUCUGCCGCGUCGAGGGAGCAGCAGGGCAAGCAGGGCAAGCAGACGGUUUCGUACGUCUCGCUCACCUCGCCCUCGCCCUCGCCCGUCUUUGUGCAUCGUGCGCACUCGCAGCAGCAGCAGCAGCAGCAGAACGGCUCUGCCUCCGGCUCCGUCGCUGCUGCUCGUACGGCCGUGGCGUCGCCGACAUUCAAGAUCGCCUCUCGUCUCGGCGUCGGUGCCGCCAUCAGGGAGGCCUCGCGCACCGCUGCGCCCGCCUCUGCCCGUCCGCUGUCGCGACCUGCGCCACUGCAGCAGGGCAAGGCGAUGCAGACAGUCAAGAAGGGACAGAGCAGUAGUCGCGCCGUCAGUAUCUCGGACGACGAGGAUGACGGACAGAGCGAUGGCGGCUACGGCUCGGGCGACCAGGCGAAACGCUCCAACAAUGCGUUUGAAUGGUUUGCGCAGGCCGAGAAAGGCGCGCUGAUGGACACCAUGGGCUGCGACGAGGAGAUCGCAGAGAAGAUCAUUGCGCUGCGGCCGUUUCGCAACGUCGACGACGUGUACCGCAAGCUCGACGCGACGCCCAAGCUCAGUCGAAGGCUGUACGACAAUUGCGAGUCGCUCAUGGCUUCGUAUCGCGCAGUCGACAACGUGCUUGCCAAGUGCGAAAAGACGGGCGCCAUGCUGCAGCGCGAGAUUGGCAGUUGGGACACUGCCAAUGGCGCAGCGGCACCGUCGAGCGGCUAUCUGAGCAAGCAGCCGGAACAUCUGAAGGAGGGCACGGUGCUCAAGGACUUCCAACUGUACGGCGUCAACUGGCUGAGGCUGCUGUGGAGCAAGAAGUUGGGCGGCAUCCUCGCAGACGAGAUGGGCACCGGCAAGACGUGUCAAGUGAUUGCCUUUCUCACGCACGAGCUCGCCCAGCCGGGCAAGCGGCGCACGCAUCUCAUCGUCGUGCCCUCGUCGGUGCUGGAGAACUGGGAGCGCGAGUUUGCGCAGUUUGCGCCGCACAUUGCCCUCUACACGUACCGCGGCAACCAGAAGGAGCGCGCCGAGAUGCGCGAGGAGCUGCGCGAGGACAAGGAGGCGGGCGAGGAGCGCGAGUAUGAGGUGGUGCUCGCCAGCUACGACUCGGUCAUCAGUGCGCAGGACUACACAUUCUUCCGCAAGUUUGGCUGGGCGGCAAGUGUCUUUGAUGAAGGCCACGUGCUCAAGAACAAGAACUCGAGCAAGUACGGCAAGCUCAUUCGCAUCCGCACGCAAUGGCGCCUGCUCCUCACGGGCACGCCGCUGCAGAACAAUCUGGCGGAGCUCAUGUCGCUGCUCAACUUCAUCCUCGAGGACUUCUUCGGCAGCGCGGCGGAGGAUCUGGAGGGCAUCUUCAAGAACUCCUCCAAGCCGCAGAACAUUCUCUCCACCGAGCGCAUCGCACGUGCCAAGGGCAUGCUCGGGCCGUUUGUGCUUCGGCGUCGCAAGGCCUUGGUGCUGCCCGACCUGCCGCCCAAGGUGGAGCGCGUCGAGAUGUGCGACAUGACUGCCACGCAGCGCGAGCAUUACUCGCGCAUCUUUGCGCACACCAAGGCGAUGCGAGAGGAGGCGCGUGCGGCCGCGGCGGCCGCCAAGGGCAAGGGCGCGCGAGGCAAGGCCGCCGUGCCCGAGACCAAGCCCGGCGGCUCCAGCCACGUGCUCAUGGAGCUGCGCAAGGCGGCGAACCAUCCGCUCAACUUUCGCACGUUCUACGACGCCGCCAAGCUCGACAGGCUGGCGCGCGAGUACUGCAAGGACGACCCGGAGCGCAACCUCACGCACGUCAGGGAGGACUUUGAGAUCAACUCGGACGCCGAGCUCAACCGCUCCAUCGUCGCGGGCCUGCCUCGCCUGCGCGGUGGUCCCCUCGAUCUGCCGCGCGAGCUGUGGCUCGACUCGUGCAAGAUCGUGGCCAUGAAGCGCAUCAUCGACGACGUGCGCGCAAAGGGCGAGCGAGCCGUCAUCUUUUCGCAGUUCGUCACGAUGCUCGACAUCAUCGUCGUGGCGCUCGAGCAUCUGGGCAUCAAGUAUCGCGGCUUCACGGGCGAGACCAAGGUCGACGAACGGCAGAGCAUCGUCGACGAGUUUACGAGCGACGAGACGAUCGAUGUCUUUCUGCUCUCGACGGGCGCCGGAGGAGUGGGCAUCAACCUCACCGCGGCGAACCAUGUCAUCAUCUAUGACUCGGACUUCAAUCCGCAGAACGACAAGCAGGCCGAAGACCGCUGCUACCGCAUCGGCCAACGGCGGCCCGUCACUGUGACGCGUCUCGUGGCACGCGGCACAAUCGACGAGCACAUCAUCCGACUAGGCGCCAAGAAGCUCUCGCUGGCCGAGCAGGUCGAAGGCGGCGGCCAGGCGAACGAGGAUGAAGAGAGCAAGGCGCAGCAGGAAGACGCAGAGGGCAAGGUCAAGGAGCUGCGCGACGCCGUCAUGCAGCGCAUCUUCGAGGAGUAGCAAACGCUGCCCCCAAGCCGGGUGCUGCGCAAUGGGCAUGCCCCUCUCCACCUCCCGCCAGCUGUCUCCCUCUCGCUCAAGCCAGCUUCCGUCUCUCGCCUCCCUCAACCCUCCGUCGAGAUACAUCAAGCCUCUCUCACUGCUCCCCUAUCUAUCCUCUCUCGCCCUCACUCGCACAUCCCUCGCAUCGUCUCCCUUCAAUUCAAGCCUCUUCAUGCUGUG